AUGUUUUCUCUUUCGCAGGUUCCCAAUCAGAUAAGGAAGGAGCUUAAAAGGGGAAAAAACAAAAUCACAGAAGUGGACAAAUCAAGUCUUUUUUAUAAUUUUCUCUUUUCCUCCUUCAUUUCUUUUUCCUUACUUCUGUGGCUUCUCCACAUCUAUCUUGCUAAAGUCAGUAAGAUUCUUCCAUCUUUCUUUCUUUCUUUCUUUCUUGCAUUUUUAGUCUUUUUUUUUUUUACUCGAUCAUUCCUUUUCAAGUCAAUUCUUUCUUUUUAUUUGUUUUUUCUUCUUCUUUCUUUCUAUUUUAGUCUUUUUUACUUGUCCUUUUUUCAAGUCAAUCCUUUCUUUUUACUUUGUUCUUUUUUCUUCUUCCUUUCAUUUUUUAGACUUUUUAUUUGGUCCUUCCUUUUUAAGGUAUUUCUUUCUUUUUACUUGGUUCUUUUUCCAUUCUUUCUUUAUCCUUUAGUCUUCAAUCCUUCCUUUUCACUUGGUACAUUUUUCCUAUUCCUUUGUUCUUUCUUUCUUUGUUUUUUUUUUAUUUUUGUAGUCAUUUUUAUUCCAUCCUUCCUUUUUUUUUUUAAAUCUUCUUUUACUCAAUACUUCUGUUUUAACCAAAACUUUUCAUUUUACUUAAUUCUUUCUUACAUUUUGUCUUGUUUACUUGGUCCUUUCUUUCUCCUUUCCUUCUUUUUUUUGUUGGUCAUUUCAUUCAUUCAUUCAUUCAUUCAUUCAUUCUUUCUUUCUUUCUUUCUUUCUUUCUUUCUUUCUUUCUUUACUUGGCUCAUGCAUCUGUCAUUUAUAUGCAUUGCAGUUUUUUUUGUUUUUUCUUUAAGACUUUUCUUUUUUAAUAACUUUCUUUCUCUUUCCCAAAUUGCUUUUGUUGUUCUUUUUUAUCAUCAACAUCAUCUCUUUCCAUCUUGA